AUGUCGACCACCGAACAGAUUUCUUUCCUCCUGGCUUGCAUCAAGCAUACCUCCAACGGCGGAAAGAGAUAUGAACGACUCAAGAAGCGUGCCCAGGCCACUGACUUUGGCACCUGCAAUGCUUCCGUCGAAACCAAAACCGAAGGGAAUGAGAGCGACAAUAAAUCCCUCGCCGCUACUAGCAAUACCGCUACCAAGCCGAAGCGUCGUGCUCCGGUCAAGCCGCGUGCCAGUCGCGAAGACAAAGCAGAUGGUGUUGCCUGUCCAAGCAACGCUGAUGACACAACCAUCUCGAACGAAGUUCACACCUCACCACUCUCGGUCAAACGCAAGCGUGAAUCUGCCAACGACGCCCUGAGCAACCCGUCGGAUGCUGAUUACGAGUCUGCCUGCGAAGACUCUGCUACGGAGUACUACGGAAGCCAAUUUGUCGCCGUCAAUGACACGCCGAACCGCGACCCUGUUGCCAAGCGUGCCAAAGCCCAGAAGGCCACUGCCGCGAUCAAGCUCGAAUCCGAGGCUGGUGUCAAGGAUAUAGCAGAGGCAGCUCUGGCAGAAGUGAAGAAAGAGGGCCACGAGAUUGACCAGGGGAUCUAA